GGGCCGGCGGUCGAAGGAGAGGUGAGGUGAGGGGAGGGGAGGGGAGGAGGGGCUUCAAAGGGGUUCUAAUGGCCGCGCUCCGCUGCUGCAGCUGCUGCCGCUGGGGGAGGAUGAUGAGGAUGGAAAGCGAGGGGGGCCGAAGGAAAGCGCAGCAGUGUUGUUGGCACGACAGAUGUAGCGUGGCGCAGGCUGCUGCUGCAGCAGCUUAGAAAGUAGUGCCUCGAGCAGCUCGACCAGAAAGGGAAGGACGACGGAAGGACGAAGCGAGAGAGAGAGACAAGAGAGAGGGAAGAGGGACGAGGAGUUCGCGGGCGAGUGUAGCUCGUAGUGCCCGGGGCUUCGGGAGGGAGGGAGGGAGGGCAGGGCAAGGGAGCAGACCGCAGUGUGCACUUUGCGAGGGGGCUGCGAGAAGUGGAGUUGAGUUGCGUGGGGUGGGGUGGGGAGGCGAGGCGGGAGCAUCCAUCCAUAAAUCCGGCCGAGUGGUGGUGCAUCAAAACGAUCUGGAUGCGAUCUGUCACCGGGGUGGGCGGCAGACAGUAUAGAUUGUGAGCCGAGGAACAACCACGAUGAACUUUUUGAUUGGUGCAUUCAAACCACCAUGUACUGUCUCAGUAGAAUUCAAAGAUGCAGAGACUCGACCAGAGGCAAAUAUCAAGAAGGAAAAUGGACAAAUGGCACCUGUGCCGUUGUUUCAAAGUCAAGAGAGUGUGGUUGGAGAGGUGCGCAUAGAACCUCUGCCGGGCAAGAAGGUAGAGCACAUGGGCGUGAAGAUUGAGCUCCUGGGACAAAUAGAACUCUACUUCGACAGGGGCAGUUUCUAUGACUUUACCUCCCUUGUCAGGGAGUUGGAUGUGCCCGGGGAGAUCGUAGACCGCAAGACUUUCCCCUUCGAGUUUUCUACUGUGGAAAUGCCAUACGAGUCCUACAAUGGUGUCAACGUUCGACUCAGAUAUAUAUUGAAGGUGACAAUUAGCCGGAGCUAUGCUACGAAUAUUGUUGAAUACAAAGACUUUUGGGUUCGUAACUUCUCACCUCCACCGGAGAUCAACAACAGUAUUAAGAUGGAGGUUGGCAUAGAGGAUUGCCUACAUAUCGAGUUCGAGUACAGCAAGAGCAAAUAUCACCUCAAGGAUGUCAUAAUUGGUAAGAUCUACUUCUUGCUGGUGCGUAUCAAGAUCAAGCACAUGGAGUUGGAGAUCAGGCGGCGCGAGUCUACUGGAUCAGGACCCAACACGUACAACGAGACCGAGACUUUGGCCAAGUACGAAAUAAUGGAUGGUGCCCCUGUACGAGGAGAGUCUAUCCCUAUCCGGCUUUUUCUCAGUCCUUACGAUUUGACGCCUACUUAUCGGAACAUCAACAACAAGUUUAGUGUGAAGUACUACCUGAAUUUAGUCCUAGUUGAUGAAGAGGAUAGACGCUACUUUAAGCAGCAAGAAAUUACAAUGAUGCGCAUUGAUUAGUACUCUGACGCAGUUCUGAGUCAGUCAUGAUCUCGUACAGUCGGCAACUGAGUGGCAUUAGCUUUAGAGCUUUCUCUGUUGCGCUUCUUUUCAUAUUUCUUCCUUACUCUGACACUCGUACAGGCACUUGCAUUCAUCACUUUUGUCAAUUCUCUGUCAGAUUUUAAACUGAUAGGUGGCUUGCUUUCCCCGCCCAUGCCUAUUGUAUAUUUUGGUUCAUUGUUUGCUUCUGGUAUUAUGUACCCUGCAUCGCCAUGUGCAACAAAUCAGAGUGUUUCACUCAAUAAAAGAGUGUAGCCUACUUCGUUAUUGGGG